CUCGGGUCAGACGUCAUUUGGAACAGUCUAAGCUCCAACUCCAAGGUAGUAAUAUGAGUCUCAACCCUUCAAACGAUUUGUCGCUUGAAAUUGCACAAAGCAAAUCAAAUCAUUCAUCCGAUGGAAUCAAUGCUUUUAUUGCGUUCUUCAAGAGCAUUUAUACCCGAGGAAUAUAUGUACUGAAGAGGGAUUUCAAAUAUGCCAAUUCAUGCUGAUUAAUCGCCUCCAUUUUGAGCUGCCCCUCCCUCUUCAACAACAGCACAUUAUAUAUCUCUUUCCUCCUAUCGGAUUCCUGUGUUUUUCAUCUCCCUUUCGGUCGAACUUAGAGCUUUUCUCGCCGGAGUACGUGCGUUCAGAUGAUGUCUUGCUCGUCAGAAUCUGCUGUUCCUGCUGUCAGGACAGUCGCCAUAUCGUACUCGGAACUUAAGGACAAGAGCACUGACCUGUCCAUAAAGAUUGAAGAUGGCUUCGGACCCAAUGGUCUGGGAAUUCUAUCAAUUACAGGUGUUCCAGGAUUUUCUUUGUUGCGUCAAAAUCUUCUGCAACUUGCACCUAGGCUAGCCAGCUUGCCAGAAGAGGUGAAGAGACAACUGGAAGAUCCUCAUAGCAGGUACAACUUUGGAUGGAGCCAUGGGAAAGAGAACCUCGAAUCUGGGAAGCCUGACAUGUUGAAAGGCUCUUUUUAUGCUAAUCCAUUAUUAGAUGUGCCUACAACGGAAGCUUAUGAAAUCGAAAGGUAUCCAUCAUAUUGUGGAUCAAAUAUAUGGCCAGGAGGUGCACUGCCAGAAUUUGAAGAAGCUUUCAAAACCCUGGGGAAGCUUAUUUUUGAUGUUGGAUUAUUGGUGGCAUAUCACUGUGAUCAAUAUGUGUCUAAAGGGAUGAAAAUGCCGGAAAGUGAAGCCUUGAAAAGUAUGCUACACUCUCGGUGUCAUAAAGGCCGUCUGCUUUACUAUUUUCCAGUGGAAUGCAGUGAUCAUAACCAGGUUAGUGGUUCCAUUUCAUCUUGGUGUGGAUGGCACACAGACCAUGGUUCACUGACAGGCCUGACCUGUGCUAUGUUUACAAGGGACUCAGCGGAAAUACCUUGCCCUGACAGUGCUGCCGGCUUGUACAUAAGAACACGUGCCAAUCAAAUAGUUAAAGUUGUCUUUGGACAUGAUGAAAUAGCAUAUCAAAUUGGCGAGACCACUGAAAUACUGUCAAGAGGUUAUCUGUGUGCAACACCUCAUUGUGUCCAGGCACCGAAAGGAGAAGGAGCUCGUGGUAUUGAGCGAUCGACUUUUGCACUCUUUAUGCAACCUGACUGGAAUGAGAAGCUUAAUUUUCCAAAUGAUGUGCAUAUUCAUAAAGAGAUGAUACUGUCUAAUGGUGUUCUGACCUUCGGACAGUACUCUGAAAAGCUACUUGACAAAUAUUAUCACAAGAAAACAUAAAAAUCAUAAGCUUCAUCAUACUCAUUGCGGUAAGAAAACAAUGAAAAGAGUAUGUUGCAUUUUCAAUGUAAUUUAAGUUAGUUUAAAUAAGGCUGCAGAGAUGUGCCGUAAAGAACAUUCCUUUGCAUGAUGUGGAAAUGUCCGUGUGCUUUUCAAAGAUGUGGAGCUGAUACCUUUAAAUAGUUCUAUAAGCACAUUGUGUUAUAAACAUGUGCACAAGUCUAGAAGCUCUUUUCCUUUUAAAAUUUAUUAGUUUUUGUUGUCAGUGCUUUAUGGCUAAGUUUGGAAUAAAAUAGAAAUUUUUUGGA